AUGGACCCACAGAUGAUAGGAAUGGAGAUAUAUGGAAGGUUGCUUAUGUUAAGGGUGACCGUGGUUAGUUUCACACGAUAUAAACCGUCGGAUAGCCUAUUGGAAGUGCUUAGGGAUGAGAGACUACUAUUUGACGAGAAGGAUAUCACCUUAAAAGAGGUGGUAGGCGUCGGAAACUAUGGCUGUGUAUAUGCCGGUGCUCUCAUUCAACUCGAUACAGUCAGGCACCGGGAUGUGGCCGUCAAAAAACUAAUUUCUUAUAACUUAUAA